AUGCUUAAAAACGACAUUUUUCUAGAGGCUCUCACUAUGGUGUUGAUUUGUUUGAUUACUUUAAUUGUUGGAAACCUCUUGAAUUAUGGGACCAAAAAUUCUGCAAGAGAGUAAUAGCAUGUGAGAUGGAAAUCAGAGAAAAAUCAAUUUUCAGUUGUUUUGACUGAUUCUGAAUUUAACACAUUGUUAGAUGAAACCAAUUAUAUUGAUUGA